AUGUCGAGACCUCUCCAUCGAGGUGUGUUGGGUGGUGGUGGUCGAUUUUCAGGCAACAGUCAUGAUUUCUGGGAGGAUUCUCAAAUGAAAGAGAAGUCAGAGAAAGAAGAUGUUGACUGGAAUCGUACAAACGGAGUCGGUCAUCAGCAUUUAUCUUUCAGAUUUCCAUUUCGGCAUCUAUUUGCAAACAGCGUAUCUUCAAAGAAUGGUUUGAGUGAGAACAGUUUCAUGUCUGACCCUUUUAGCCCCGGGCCCCUCAGAAGCCGCCACAAAUUGACACUCUCUUUGCUCAAAUUCAGUUUAGUGGUAAUUGUGGUUCUUGCUCUAAUGGGCUCCCUCUGGUGGACACUCUCGAUAACAUCCACAUCGAGAGGACAUAUUUUUCACGGGUACAGGCGGCUUCAACAGCAGCUGGUCUCGGACCUUUACGAAAUUGGGGAGCUCACAAUUGGUUCAUCAAGGUUUACGGAAUUGGAGUAUUGUUCUCAAGAUCCAGGAAACUAUGUACCGUGCUUCAAUGUUUCGGAAAAUCUGGCCUUGGGAUUUUCUGAUGGUGAGGAGUAUGGUCGGCAUUGUGGGCCGGCUUCGAGAAGUAAUUGUUUAGUGAUGCCACCGAUCAAUUACAGAAGUCCCCUCCGGUGGCCUGUUGGGAGGGAUGUCAUCUGGUUUGCAAAUGUUAACAUUACGGCUCAGGAGGUGCUGUCCUCUGGAAGUUUGACCAAAAGAAUGAUGAUGUUGGAUGAAGAUCAGAUUUCGUUCCGUUCAGUAUCGUCUACUUUUGAUGUUGAAGACUACUCGCACCAAAUUGCAGGAAUUAUUGGGCUAAGAAAUGUAUCCUACUUUACAGAAGCUGGGGUUCGGACCAUCCUUGAUAUUGAAUGCGGCUAUGGUAGUUUUGGUGCCUAUCUAUCGUCGAACCAGUUAUUGACCAUGUGUGUAGCGAAUUAUGAGGCAUCAGGCAGUCAAGUGCAGCUAACUUUAGAAAGAGGUCUUCCUGCUAUGAUUGGCUCUUUUACUUCAAAGCAGUUGCCUUAUCCAUCCGUUUCUUUUGACAUGAUACAUUGUGCAAGAUGUCACAUUGAAUGGGACAAAAAAGAUGGCAUAUAUUUAAUUGAAGUCGAUCGGUUGUUGAGACCUGGCGGGUAUUUCGUGUGGACUGACCCAGUUACAAAUUCUCAGCGUUCACUUCGUAACAAAGAUAACCUAAAGAGAUGGAACACAGUCCGUUUGCUUACGGAAAGUCUCUGCUGGGAGAUGUUGCCACAGCAGGACGAAACUGUUGUGUGGAAGAAGACUAAUAAGGAGAAAUGCUACUCAACAAGGAAAAGUGGAUCCCCUCCUCUCUGCAAUAAAGGACAUGAUAUUGAAACCCCGUACUAUCGACCCCUCCAGGCGUGCAUUGUAGGAACUCAAAGCCGCCGAUGGGUUCCUAUUGAAGAAAGGAGAAAAUGGCACUCACUGUCUGAACUAAGCUCAGCUGAACUAGAAAUUUAUGGUUUGCACUCAGAAGAGUUUAAUGAAGAUGCUAUUAGCUGGAACACUGCAGUCCGCAAUUAUUGGUCCCUUCUUUCACCGUUGAUAUUUUCAGAUCAUCCUAAGAGGCCAGGCGAUGAAGAUCCUUCACCACCUUACAACAUGCUGAGAAAUGUGUUAGACAUGAAUGCACGUUUUGGUGGAUUAAAUGCUGCUUUAUUUGAAACUGGAAAAUCUGUGUGGGUGAUGAAUGUGGUCCCUACAAAAGGACUCAAUACUCUGCCUUUAAUACACGACAGGGGAUUUGUUGGGGUGCUGCAUGACUGGUGUGAACCAUUUCCGACAUAUCCAAGAACAUAUGACCUGGUCCAUGCAGAAGGACUUCUCUCUCUUGAAUUUGACGAGAAGCCUAGAUGCCAAUUGCUAGAUCUGUUUGCUGAGGUGGAUCGUAUACUUCGUCCAGAGGGGUGGCUGAUUCUGAAAGACACGUGUAGAGCAAUCGGGUAUGCUAGAUCUCUAACGACGCAUCUGAAAUGGGAUGCGCGAGUUGUUGAGAUCGAGAACAAUAGCGAUGAGAGACUCCUCAUCUGCCAGAAACCCUUCUUCAAAAGACAGUCAGUCUAA